AUGAUAGAACGGAAAGAGACUGGUAUGAUGAUAGACAAAUUGAUGAAAGGAUCGGAUAGCGAGAAAGACAAGCUGCUAUGGAGAUGGACUGUGGCAGAACCCAAAGCCUUCAUCACAGGGGCAAAUGUUCAACUUAAGGCCAAAUGUAGGACAAUGUCAAAGAAGGCAUUAGCAAAAUCUGUAGAAAAGAGGAUACAUGAAGAUCUGAACCCUUACGAUCAUGAAACGGGGGCAACAGUAUGUACUGCGUCUGCUUUCCUUUUUGUAGAUAAUAAAGUUUGUUAUGAGUGUUGGCACAUGUCACAUCCUCGGGAUUGCAGCAAUAUAGUAGAAUGCGGCUCUAAUCAGGUUUGUUUUGUUGAGCGGUACGUGACGAGCGACGCCCACGUCUAUUAUAAUUCUGGAUGCUUAUCAAAUCAGAGUUGCCAUAGCCAUUAUCCGAUUCUUGGACGACGUGAAUCAGAAAACACGGCGAUUACAAAGCCUGACGUCACGGACCUCAAACGAUACAAUCCAUCACAAUAUCCGGACUGCUCAUCCUGUUGUCAGAGUGACUACUGUAACACCAAUCUUUGUGAAACUCACCAAGUAAAUUCCACGAAAAAACGCUGCCUGUCCUGCGAUAGCGUGGAACACCCAAGUGAAUGUCAUAAAGUGAUUGGAUGUGAUGUGGACGAGAUGUGCUAUACAACCUAUUACCUACAUACGUUUGGUGAAAAAAGAUAUCGACUAGGAUGUAUGAGGAAACAUGUGUGCGAUCAGAGUGGUAUGACAAAUCCAGUAGAGACACAUUAUUGUUCGGAAUGCUGCACGGGUGACAACUGUAAUAGAGAUUUGUGUAAAA